AUGGAACAUAACUCUAUUUUCACCAAUACAUCCAGACCAAGAGAUAAUGGAGAAGGGUGUUCCACAGGUGCCUCUCUCUCUGCCAAUGGAGUCGACAUUGCACAUGCUAGUCUAACUGCUGCCGUUUCGUACCAGGCUUUCAAAGACUCAGUGAACACAUCAGACUACGCCUAUACAUAUAGCGAUGUACUCGAGGGGUCGUCUGGCAAUUUCUAUGUCGAACGUGACGACCCAACGUUUGCUGAACCCGUUGACAAUCAAGAAGACGACACGGACGACGACGACGACGAUACGACAGAAGCUACGGAUGAGGAUACAGAUUACGGCUUAGACGGCGUCGAUGGCACCGGUGUUGCAAUGAGUGACGAGGAGGAGUGCCAGGAACGACUGCUGGAUAGGCGUAACAAGAGAAAAGCGAAACAAGCACCAGGGAAGGCGCGACCUGCUCGCAGGAGGGCAACAACGAAAUCCGGCGACCAGACUGCACAGCAACUGUCCACGUUCACUUCCAAAACCUCCGUCCAGCAAUACCCCUCCUCUAUCCCCAAGGUCUCCAGCACAACUAGCUCCUCCAAGACUUUCAUGGCCUAG